AUGGCGGAUCUCCUGCAGAAACUCUUGCUAGAGACCCUUCCACGGUCAUGGUUAUUUCUCUUCCUCUUCCCUCUCUUCCUCGUGUAUGUGCAUUACUGGUUCACAAGAAAGUUCAGUGCGAAAAGGCAGCACCUCCCGCCUUCGCCGCCGGGGCUGCCCAUCAUGGAGCACCUCCACCUCAUCGGCUCCCUCCUCCACGUCUCUCUCCGUGGCCUCGCAAGGAAGCAUGACCCCGACGUGAUACUCCUCCGUCUGGGCGCCGUGCCAAACCUCGUUGUAUCCUCCUCGCCCGCCGCCGAGGCGGUGCUGCGCACCCACGACCACGUCUUCGCGUCACGGCCUCACUCGGUCGUCUCCGACACCAUCAUAUACGGCUCGUCUGACAUCGGCUUUGCGCCAUACAAUGAGUACUGGCGGCAAGCACGGAAGCUCGUCACCACCCACAUGCUCAGCGUCAAGAAGGUGCAGUCUUUCCGCGGCGCCGCUGCGGAGGAGGUCAGCAUGGCGAUGGCUAAGAUCAAUUAG